AAUGUCUCUGCAGAAUUACAUAAUUGAUUCCAUACUGAGACUGGAACCCUGGCUGAACACUUCAACAGUAUGCAGCUUCCCUCAGCCUUGGCACCCUCAUAGUGCCGACCCAGUGCCUGUUUAUGAAAUUGGCUUGAAACCCUCCAGAAACUGGACUGUUUAUGCUGGGCAUUUACUGUGUCUCAUAAUCAUCUUCUACAGAUACGGCUUUGGCUCCUGGCGGCUCCACCCGCAAACAACUCCAGACUUGUUCUAUGGAAAAGGGUUAGGCGUCAACGACUUCUAUGACAUGAACUUUGUUGUAUUCGAGGCUGCUUCCGACCUCAUUACACACCUGGUUGUCAAGGGAUUUAAUAGGUCACUGCCUCCUGUUUUUCAGCGAGUUAGAACACCUGUGGAUGAGGAUGGUGUUUGA